GUUGGCGCGUGUAUCAAUCAUGGAUGUGGAAAAGAAAAAGGAAAUUACAGUGGACGAUAUAUUAUUAGAUCUCGGACCGUUUGGAAAAUUUCAUUCAUUAAAUUAUAUUUUGAUUCUGUUUCCGGUUUUAUUGGCGGGAAUGUAUUCUUCAGUAUAUAACUUUGAAGCAAUGGACCUUAAAUAUAGAUGCACAGUACCAGAAUGCGAAGACCCGGCAGUCGUGAACUUCAGCAUACCACAUGUCGCUGGAGAGCCGUCCAAAUGCCGCCGUUACGCACCAUUCGCCAACGUCACUUUAAAUGAUACGUGCUCUGAGCAUUUUUAUGACACCUCAACAGAAAUCAAGUGCGAUUCUUACGUGUACUUUGAAGAGCAUUCUAUUGUUAAAGAGUUCAACCUCGGCUGUCAGGACUGGAAGCGAUCUCUAGUAGGAACGGUCCACAAUGCUGGCUUCUUCAUAUCCAUACCUCUCACCGGUCUCCUCUCGGACAGAUACGGAAGGCGUAUCGCAGUCGUGUUCGCGAGCGUUGCAAAUGGUGUUUUUGGCGUCAUACGAGCAUUCUCUCUGAAUUAUGAAAUGUUUAUUGUCCUGGAAUUUCUGGAGCCAGCGCUGGGAGGGGGUGUAUAUACUGCGUGUUUUGUUUUAGCUAUGGAACUCGCAGGGCCUAAAGGAAGAGUAUUCGUGAGCCUACUCUUCAACACAAUGUUCAUUCUUGGCGGAGUAUCUGUGACGUCACUGUCCUGGUGGCUACAAAGUUGGAGACAUCUCCUUCUUAUAAUCUACACUCCAGCUAUUUUAGUCUUCUUCUACAUAUGGUCGCUUACUGAAAGUUUUCGUUGGUUCUUUAGUAAAGGACGUUACGAAGAUGGCAUCAACGUAUUGAAAAGGUGUGAAAAGUUCAACAAAGUGUCUGUUCCGAAGGACCAUUAUGAUCAAGUGGAAAAGCAGGCCAUGCAACAAAGGGAUGCUGUGAAAUUUGAAUCCUUAGAAGCAAAUUCGUCGUCAUUCAAACAAACGUUUUGCUCUGGUUUAAUAUGGAAGAGAUUAUUUAUUUGCUCGUUCUUAUGGACAUCUUCUACGCUGGUCUACUAUGGUCUAUCGAUCAAUGCUAUAGAAUUAUCAGGGAAUGCUUAUAUGAAUUAUAUCGUCGUGAUAUUAAUUGAGGCACCCGCUAAUGUAUGCAAGUUAUUUUGUUUAGAUCGCUUCGGAAGAAAGAAAGUUAUCGGAACAGCUUUCGUAUUGACUGGAAUUAUUCUAAUCGCAUAUGGAUUUAUCCCAGGUGGUUAUUGGUCAACUACCUUCUAUCUAGGUGGAAAAUUCUUUAUCACACUCGCAUACAAUUCACUCUACAUAUUCGCAGCGGAAGUAUUUCCCACAAACUAUAGAACGACGUUAUUGGCUAUUUGUUCUACUCUCGGUAGAGUUGGCUCUACGCUUGCUCCCCAAACCCCGUUAUUGUCAAAAUUAUACGAGUUCCUGCCAACAAUUCUUUUCGGGGUUAUGUCAGGGCUAUCUGGCCUUAUUGUGAUGACUCUACCAGAGACAAACAAUCAGAAAUUACCGGACUCUCUCAAAGAGGCUCGAGCGCAGGACCGAAAAAACACAAAUAAAAAUACUACAGACAAUAAAACGAGGCUAUGAUAUUUGUUUUAACUAUUAUCAGGGAAUUAGUGCUGGGCUGUGAAUAAGUUGUCGAUAAAUUGUUAGAAAACGUUGAGGUACAAUAAAUAAUAAUUUUGUAGCUGUUGUGUUCUACAAAUUGUAUAAUAGCUUUUAGUUAUAAUAUAUCGUGUAACUAUAUUUUGUAUAAAAUUUAAAAAAGAAUUGGUCUAUUUAGAUAUUAUUAAAAAACUGAGUUAGUAUUUAAGAUAUCACAAAAAGCUUCCAAAGCAGGCAAUUUUUUUACAGUAUUAUAGGUAGACGCAUGUUUAUACAUUCAUUAUAAAGGAUGUACCAUAAUUGCAUACCUAUGCAUGUGUAAAAGAUCGAUUAACGAUUAUUGCAUUUUUAACUACGUAAUAAUCUUCUUAAUUACCAAAAUCCUAAUUCAGGACGAAUUUUGUAAAAUGCAAGUCACGUAUAAUUUUAAUUUAAAACGGUUUACACCAACUUAGGAUAUUAAAUCUUUCGUUUCGUGUGAAAUCGAGAUCGCCGUAAUUAUUCGUGUAAACGUGACUCCAUUUUAUGGCACGUGACAAACUUGGAAAUGAAAGAACCUUUAUCUAUUUAUCGAUACGAUCAGACCAUCACUAGUGGAUUUUAUUUCUAUAAGAAUGUGAAUUUUAAAUUGUGUAAUCAUUUAAAUUCAAUUUAAAUCAUUUUCUUCUAUCGAGUUUAAUAAAGUAUUAAACGCUGGUAUGUGUCAAAUAUAUUUUGUUCGAAACAGCUUUGGUGGUUACGCUAAAUUGAGAUUUGAAAUACAAACAUUAUACGCGGAGCGUUUUUAUUUUUAUAGUGAUUCCGUUUUUAAGUUGAUAAAAAUUAUAUCAUUUACUUUUUGAUCAUUAAUAUUUUGAUAUAUAUGAAUAUCAGUAUAUUACAUAUUUUUCUACCAGUUGUUUUAGAAUGAAAAGAUAAGAGAAAAAUGUUUAAUAUUCAUUUUCUUUUUCAAUUCAAUUUCAACAAGUAGGGAAUUUUCAUUUUUCACAUUAAAUACCUUAAAGUGAGAUGUGUACAUUGUUUUGAGUUGUAAACCUGUUUUGUGAUGAAAAAACCCUUAUUAAAUUAUUAUUUACCUAUAAA